UACUCCACUAGCCAUGAACAAAAUGGAUUCAACUCUUACGAGUAUGUGGGUGAGUUUCUUCACGGCCGCGGGGAUUCCGUCGGACGUGUCGGCCUCGUACGCGCUGACGUUCGCGGAGAACCGCAUCCAGAACGACAUGCUGCUGGACCUGAACAAGGAGUAUCUGAGGGACAUGGGAAUUACUAGGAUGGGGGAUGUCAUUGCUAUAUUGCGGCAUUCAAAGCAGGUGCAUGAGAGUCUGGCGCGGGACAAGGUGCUCGGCAGCACUGUGAAUGUGGUCCCCGUGGCCGCCAUCACUGGCCGCGCCACCAUCACACAGAACAAGCCGGCUUCCCCCGCGAGUCGCAUACUGGAGCACUACACGCGCAACAGCAGGGAGGCGGCCGUCUCGCCCACGCACCAGAAGAAGCGGAAGAGCGACGAAGGGUUAGAGACAGUAGACGUAAAGAAAUUCCGUCUCAUCAGAUUCGGAUCACCGCAACCUGCCGCCAAAGAAGUUACUCAAACGAAAACAGUGUUCGCAAGACUCGGACAGAGCGACGGCGCAGGCGCAAGGCCCAAACUCGUCAAACCUACCGCUGUAGCCACUAAAGAUGUCAAACCCAUCUUCGCUCGCCUCGGAUCCAAAGCCGACUCCGAACCAGUCAUGCCGGUACAAAAGGAUGCUCUCAAAUAUGAGGGUAUACUAAAAAGCCCACCCGCUGCGAAAACUGUAACUAUCACCACCACUAAGAACAGCGUACGGAGAAUAGCUUGUACCAUGAGAGCCGAUGAGCAACCAAUCAGUGUGAAAGAAAAACUAGCCGUACCGAAAUCUAAAUCAGUGAAGUUCUCAAAUCAUGUGGAAUAUAAAGAAAUAGAAACAGUAAAGAGUGUACAAGCUAGAGUUGUGCAGAAGACUCAGCCGAAGCAGACCGUUUUUAACAAGCCGGAGAGGCGGUUGUCAAUGCCCGCAGAUGACAAUAGUGUCAAGGCCCGCUUGGGUGUGAAGAAUGUUGCCAGCCAGCCACCAGUCAAGAAUAAUAACAUCAUGAUAACUAAGAAUGUGUUUAAGAGGUUAGGUGUGUAAUAGUGUAGUGAACACGGAACUUGGUGCUAAGAGUUA